AUGGCCUCGACAGGUCUAGUCAGUAUCGCCUCCGCAUGUUCCACUCGGACAAAGGUCAACACCAUUGGCGUGGUAGUGGAUAAACUGGACCUCUAUAAAACCCGAGGUUCUUCAUAUGGCGUCACAUUUACCAUCAAAGACUGCGAAUUCGAUGCUCCAACUUGGCAAGGCGGUCUCAAAGUCAAAUAUUUCAAUGACAAGCAAGACGUGCUGCCAAUUGUCGAGGUUAAUGACGUAGUUCUACUUCGAGGUAUCCGAGUUACCAACUUUCAGGGCAAGCCAACCGGUGUGGCCUCACAGAAUGACACGGUUUACUGGGCCAUUUUUCGGCCGCAACCAGGGUCUGGGGAUAGUUUUUCAGUUAGCCGUGGGCCCAUCUCCUUUGACCCGGAUCCAAAAGAGAAAAUGAUGGCAGCUCUACUUCUUGCAAAUGUUACAGGCGAGGAGCAGCCCGCAGCUUUGCAGUCAAUUGCAACACCAGCCCCAGCCCCAGCCCCAGCACAAGCUCAGCCAACAGCAAUUUCAGGACAACCUUCCCAAAACUUUCGAACUCCGGCUGCUCCGCUCAACUUGAAACCAUCAUGCCUACCAAUUACUCUUAUCCAAGAUGUGGAGGUUGGUCGACUGACCCAACUACUCGGCCAGGUAGUGAAGAUGAAUACAUUUGACAGCGACAAAACCUUGAUCUAUCUUACGGAUUACACCAUUAAUACGUCUCUCAUGGACAUCAAGAAAGACGAUGAGGAAGAUGGCAUAGAAGGAGACGCCUAUGGAUACUUGACUCGGAAAAAGAAAAAUUGGCCUGGCCCGUGGGGCCAACAAACAAUACAAGUCGCUCUCUGGGAGCCCCAUGCCAGCUUUGCACGUGAAUAUAUCAAAGAGGGCAAUCUCGUUCAUCUCACAUAUGUACAUGUCAAAGAUGACCGUAGCGGAGGCAUCGAGGCCGCUGUUCAUAGGGACAAGCGUUUUGAAAGCAAGAUCCAUAUCCACAUCAUAUCAGACAAGUAUGACGAACGCACACAGGGGCUUCUGGAUCGCCGCAAAGCCUACUGGAAGAUCCACGGGAAACCCAAGGUGGAAAGCGACCCGAACACAAACUCGAAGGCCGGGAAAGAAGCCGAGAAGCAGAAAAAGAACAAACAAAGUACACAGGAGGUCCGCAGGGAGGAAGGCCAAACGGAGUUACCAAGACCAACUGCGCGAAAAAAGACAAAUUCAAACGUCAAGUGCCUUAACUACGGAAUUCCCGUUACUCGGGAUGUCGAUUCAAUAUUGUCUGCCGAAACUCAUAUCAACAAAAUUUCUGGAGAUGUUACCUACAAACUGCCCUUCCAGAAUGUUUGCUAUCGUCCUCUUGUUCGCGUCGUCGACUUCUACCCUCCAGACCUGGAAGACUUUGCAGUACAGGUUCCUUUAAACUCCAUCGCUGACUACGAUGACGAAGACGAAGUUUUGGGCCCCAAGUAUCACACUUGGGAAUGGCGAUUUUGCUUGCUAGUCGAGGGAACAGAGCCCACGGACUCGAACCAGCAAACCAGAGAAUUUAUGCAAAUCUUCGUCACUGAUGGCGACGCCACUCAUUUGUUAAAUCUCGAUGCCGAUGAUCUACAUACAAACUCGGAUCGGCUGCAUGAACUGAGAGAGAAACUUUUCGUGCUUUGGGGUGAUCUUGAAGAACGAAAACAAGAAUCCACCGCUACUGCCACUGGCGAUGAUGAACCAUGGCAGCCUGUCAAGUCCUCCUCUUUGCCUUUUGAAUGUUGUAUUAAAGAGUACGGUGUGGAAUGCAGCCAUAAGGAUCCGGAUGCUAUGGCUGUUGAUGGGAUCGAUCAGGAUAUGUGCAUCCAGCCCGGCUGCUUUGGUUGGGAGAGACGUUUUGCCAUGUUUGGGACGACGAUCCACUCAUGA